ACAUCCUCGCACUCGUCCCUCUUGCCCACACCGCCUCGUCCUAAUUGAAAGAGUGCUUCAUCCUCGUCAUCCAACAAUCGCUGAAACAAAGUCGUGUGUAGCAGCAACAGAAGCAGAAGCAAAUAGUAAUGGAGAACUACCAAAAGAUUGAAAAGGUCGGAGAAGGCACCUAUGGCGUCGUGUACAAAGCUCGAGAUCUCACACCACAAGGUAACGGCCGUAUUGUUGCCUUGAAGAAGAUUCGUCUCGAAGCAGAAGAUGAAGGCGUGCCAAGCACGGCCAUCAGAGAGAUUAGUCUGCUGAAGGAGCUCAAGAACGAGAACAUUGUCAGGCUAUACGACAUCAUCCACCAAGAAUCCAAGCUCUACCUCGUCUUUGAGUUCCUUGACCUCGACCUGAAGAAGUACAUGGACAACGUUGCAGGCUCAUCUGAUGGUCUGGGGCCGGACAUCGUUCGCAAAUUCACUUUCCAGCUCAUGCGCGGCAUCUACUACUGCCACGCUCACCGAAUCCUCCAUCGCGACCUCAAGCCGCAGAACCUUCUCAUUGACAAGGCGGGAAACCUCAAGCUUGCCGACUUUGGACUGGCACGCGCUUUCGGUAUCCCGUUGAGGACCUACACGCAUGAGGUCGUCACACUAUGGUACCGAGCCCCCGAAGUCCUCCUUGGGUCGCGCCACUACAGCACCGCGAUAGACAUGUGGUCCGUCGGAUGCAUCUUCGCCGAGAUGGCAAUGAAGUCUCCCCUUUUCCCCGGCGACUCGGAAAUCGACGAGAUCUUCCGCAUCUUCCGUACCCUUGGCACCCCGACGGAGAACGACUGGCCUGGCGUCAAGUCUCUUCCUGACUACAAGGCGAGCUUCCCGCAGUGGGCGGGAGUCAGCCUUGCGAAGGCAGUGCCCAGUCUCGACGCGGCAGGACUUGAGCUGCUGAGAGGAAUGCUGGUGUAUGACCCGGCAGGAAGGAUAAGCGCCAAGAGAGGUCUGGGCCACGAAUACUUUGCUGGAGUAGGUGGAGAGGUGAUGGCAUAAUACGCGAUGAAGGGCAGAUGGGCGUGUACGAAGGACGAGAACACACGCUCGGCUUCCCGCGACGCCCAGCCCAAUAAGAGGGCAUCUACCUCCCAUCUCGCUGCCCCAUCUACGCUCCCCACUUCCAAGACCGCACCGGACUCGACCCUCGACGACUACAUCGCACCGCACCGCAAGCGUAAGCCGCCUAUCGCAAGGCAAGCAUCAGAAGAGGUUGCCGUCUAUCCUGACAGCGCCCGUUCGACACGCUCGCCCAAGGCUGCUGCAGCAGCGCUGUGCUCGCCAUCCUCUCUACUCCUCGUCCCGCCCAUACGGCGAUUGUAUUAUUCUCCUGUCCUUCGUCUCGUUCUAUCUGCGCACUGAUAGUUGUUCCCAGAAGCCUGUGCAAGCGACGACGCACGAUGCAGGACUGCUUCGUC